AUGACAGUCGAGGACGAUAACCAUUGCGGUUCUUAUUGUUUGCUUAGUGCUGGACAAAAAAAGAUUUGUCGGCGAGACCAAAUAAGGAACACUUCCGGCCAGCAGAACAAGGAUCACAGAUUCGAUUCGACAAUUCGAUAUUCAAGAACACGAGAGGCAGCUCCUCUGAGGAUAAAUAGUGGCAUGAAAGUAUGA